AGACAACGUCCUGAGUACGCAUUUUAAAACUACGGUAUAGUAAUGGCUGCAGAAAAUAAUUUGCAAUCAGACAAACAUCCUGACCCUAGUUGGGAAUACUGUGGUGUGAAUUUGACUAUCCACAAUAUUAUAAUCCCUGAGGAACGGUUAUUUCCAACUCCUUCUCAGUUAGACAAGAUGGAUUACGAAAUUGAAGUUGAUUUAAGGAUAGUCGGGUGUGAGCUGAUCCAAGAUUCGGGGAUCUUACUUCGGCUACCGCAAGUAGCCAUGGCUACUGCACAAGUGCUGUAUCAGCGGUUCUUCUACUCCAAGUCGUUCGUACGACAUUUCUAUGAGCACUACGCAAUGGCUUGUAUCUUUCUGGCCGCAAAGCUCGAAGAAUCUCCUAGACGAAUACGAGAUGUUAUCAACGUUUUCCACCACAUCCGACAGGUCCGCGAAAAAAAAACACCAACACCCGUUAUUCUUGAUCAAAGCUAUAGUAAUCUGAAGAAUCAAAUUAUUAAGGCUGAACGUCGUGUUUUAAAAGAACUCGGAUUUUGUGUGCAUGCCAAACACCCUCACAAGCUUGUUAUAUGCUACCUGCAGGCUCUGGAUCACGAAGGAAAUAAAAGUCUCGUUCAAACUGCUUGGAAUUACAUGAAUGACAGUCUUCGAACUGAUAUGUUUGUCCGUUAUUUGCCUGAAGCAAUAGCAUGUGGUUGCAUUUACUUGGCAUCAUGUAGGCUCAAUAUCCCACUGCCCCGCCAUCCGGCAUGGUGGGAAAUGUUCAGUGUGAGCGAGGAGUCUGUAAAUGAAAUAGCUUUGUGUUUGCUGCGUUUAUACGCCCGUCCAAAAGCAGAUGUUGCAAAGCUUGAGUCGGUUCUGGCACAGCUCAGAAAAUCUCAGAUGGAGGCUAAGGAACGUGAAAAUGAAACAAAAAAGCAACAGGCCAUUACUACACCUCCAAGUGUUAGAUCGGAUCAUAGCUUUGGCUAUGUAUCACCACCAAACCAAUUAUCCAAACUAAAGAAUCAAAACAAGUCAAAUGGUACUAAAAAAUCCUCUGACAGUAAAUUAGAACCUGAUAAAAACUUCCCUCCAAGCUCUAUUCUAGCAAGCGCCUUAGCUAAUGCAAAAGCCGUUGCAGCAACGAUUGCGGCGUCAAAGACAGGAGUAGUCACAGACGAGUCGCAGAAGUCUAUUUUCAAUCCGUCAACUAUUUCAACUAAACAUGAUCCCAGUGACGAAGAAAAAGUUUCACUGGAAUCUCCGAAAAAAUUGGCUGAACCUAUUCGCUCAGAAAAUAUGUCUGGUGACACAAACAAGAAACUUGACAAAUUCAUACAUGAAAACUCUAAUGUAAAGCCACGAACACUCAUCCGACCAGCUGCUUAUUCAAAUGUUCCAUCAUCUCAACCAGAAUCAGAUAAACGGCAUCGGCAUCACCGGCACAAAUAUUCCUCAAGGAAACAUCACUACAACUCCAUAUCCCCAUCAUCUUCAUCCGACCGAGAAGCUGAUCAAAACAGAUAUAAUACUAUCAUGUUGGCAAAUAACUCCCGACCUCGUAAUUAUAGACAAAAAGUAUCUUCUUCUGGUUCUGAGACAGGUGAUAGUUCUUCGAGUCCCAAUAGACAGAUAAUCAGUGUGGAUAAUCACAGAAAGAACUACAGUAGUAAACGUAAACAUGUCCCACGUUCUUCAUCAGAAGACUCCCAAACAUCGUCCAUUAGUGAUGAUCCCCGUUUUUCCCCAUCACAUCCUAAUUUGGAAAAAUCCAAAGGUGUACGCCGUCGUUUAUCUCCACCGUAUGCAUAUCGAAUUGAUUAUGAGAAAUCACACAAAAGUAAACACCGUUCAUUAACGCGAUCCGUGCCAAACGGUGAAGGUGGACGUAUAUCACAUGAGCACUCUAAUCACCGCUUAGUUUCUAGUCGACGUCGUGAUCACAGAAGUCUGCUUUCACUGAGGGAAUCAUCAAUUUGGGGAACACAUUCCCAUCUUUUAUUCGGACUGCUAGCCUUGUUCUUAAUUCAUGAAGAUGGACAUCUACAGAUCGCUCUCCAAAAUCUUGUAUCAAAUAUUGCAUGGAUUGUGAAAGCUAUUCUGGCUUGGGAGAUGAUAAAUAGUUGUGAGGUAAACUUCGCAAUUUAAACAAAUACAACGCUAAAGAGAUCACGUGACGACAGCGUGUCCUAGCUGGCGUGGUUCGCAUAACCUAUUGGUGUCAUUUGAUCAACUAUGGUAGCUGGAUCUAAAAACAUUAAAUAAGUUAGCUAGUUUGCAGUUAAUAAGUUGAAUUUUUCAAAGAUUGCUCGCAUCUGGUGGAAUGAAUCACCAUGUAAACAAUGCUGAGGGGGUGGCGUACGUUUUGGCGUGAUGGAGAUUGUCAUUCGUUGAAUAUGAAACACCAGCUUCGGUGGCUUGGACGUGUGUUACGCGUGUCGUCCCAGCAGCUGCCACACCGCUCACUGUUUGCUUACCCUGCGAUUGGUCAAAAGAAAAAGCGGAGAAGUGGCCAGUGCGUGAAGUGGCACAUCGAUAUAAUGGAUAGUUGUGUCGGGUUGGUAUCUGUAGUCACCUUAUGGCUCUGAAGAUGGGAUCUGAUAGAUCAUGCAACUCAGUGGCUUGAGACAAUAGCAGAAAUGGCUCAGAAUGGAAACCAGUGGCGAUCAUGCUGCAGUACUCAUGUUUCUCCUUGCAGUGAAAAGUGAAGUGAAAGUAGUGAAUGCUUCUUCUGAUGUAUCUUCGAGUCUACUUCUUUAAUAACCUACUUUUGUGUUUUUUGUUUCCAUUCUCCACUCCGUUUUCUGUCUCUUCGUAAUAUUGCUUUAUCAUUUUGCAUGGCGCAUCUCUUGGUGACCAUGUUGUACGAAAUUUGUGUUCCAAUAAAUAAAAGUAACCAUGCAACUCAAUGG